AUGGUUCACAUCCAGACUCUUGCGCUCCUCGGAGCUGUUGCUCUCAAUGUCUCCACCGUUCUCGGUGCUGUCCCUUCGGCGUCGUUUCCGAGCAAGCGUGCUGAAGGGCUCCGGCUUGUCAAAGCAUCGGAUGAAGACCCUGGUACGUGGAUGACAGAAGAGGAGAAGUACGAGAAGUUCACCUCCAAGCGUUUGGGAUUUGUCGAUAUCACGGACACUAUGGAACUUGAGUCAAUCCGUAUCGAUAGACUUGCCAACGACUUUCAAGUGCAGGCCGUCACUUAUCCUUCGGCUCCAAGCCAUCAGACAGAAGCCAAAGCUCUGAUUGCAAACGUGCAACAAACCACAUUGACAUCGUGGCUCAACAGCCUGGCAGGCUUCUACAACCGAUACUACAAGGGUUCGUACGCCGCUACCAGCUCAGCAUGGAUGUACAGCACCGUCGUCGAUAUUGCAGCCGCCAACCCAGCCAUCACCGUCAAACAGGUCACUCACUCGUACAACCAGCCUAGCGUCAUUGCUUCCAUUCCUGGCAACUCGACUGAAGUAAUCGUUGUUUCGGCUCAUUAUGACAGUAUUGGCAGCCCAGCCAACGGCCGAGCCCCCGGUGCUGACGACAACGCAUCAGGAAUCAUUGUCAUUCUUGAGGCUCUCCGGAUCUUUGCCAAUGCCAAGUACAAGGGCGGUAACACUCUAGAGUUCCACUUCUAUUCCGGGGAGGAGGGUGGCUGCCUUGGCUCUCGUGAUGUCAUGCAAUCUUACAAGACAGCUGGGAAGCAAGUCCUUGCGGUCAUGAACCAGGACAUGACAGGCUAUUCUCCCAACAACGUCAUCGCCAUCUACACAGACUAUGUUGACACCGCUCUUACUAAUUUCUUGAAGAAGCUCGUCCCUGUGUACAGUGAUUUGCCCUUGGCCACGGACACUUGCGGCUACGCCUGCAGCGACCACGCUUCCGCUAGAGAUGCUGGGUACCCGGCUGCGUAUGUCUGCGACGAGAACAUGGAAGACUCCAGUCCAUACAUCCACUCCUCCCAGGAUACUGUCGCAACAGUAUCCAUUCCGCAUGUGUUCCAGCAUGCAAAGUUCACUGUCGGGUUCCUAGUCGAGGCCUCGUAUUUCUAA